AUGCUUCAAAGAGACCUGCCCAGGGACAAGCAGCGACAGCUGAUGGACACCAAGACCGCCCUCUCCAGGAACAGCCGCCACGGCCACGACAUGUCAAGUGGCUACGCGCACGAGCCGCUGCAGCUGAACGAGGAGGAGGUGCGCAAGGUCAAGUAUCUCCAAGCCUGCAUCGACGCCCGGCCCGUGAAGAAGGACUGCGUGCGGGCAUACCACACCACCACCUACAGGGCUGCGGCCACCAUGUUGGCCGAGGGAUGCAGGCCCAGCACAUCAUACAACUGGGUCGCAGGCCGAGGCAACGAGGAGCGCUACUUCUGCGUGACGCUGUUGAGCCCCGUUGCCUUCGGCUUCCCCCAAGGUGAAUGGAAGAGGCGGAUGCUUCUUAACAAUUUCGGCAAGGAGGCGGGAGGUGACGAUGGUUCCCCGAAGAGCUGCAAGAGCUGCAAGAGCAGUCGGAGCAACAACAGCGACUGGGUUCGGGAGCAACGAGCACAGGUCUGCUUGGUGGUGGACGUCCCGGUGCCGCCGUUGCGAGACGCCCGGACGGCGCUGGAGCAGCACAACAACGAGAGCAUCAGGUCGAGUCUGGGGGUUUUAGGUUUAAGAAACCCUAAACCCUAA